AUGUGGGACACUUCCUGGCGCCAUGUUGCCUGCUUGAUUUUACAGCAAGGCAGGCACCAGUGGAUUGCUUUCUGUGCUGUGAGUGCUACUGCAGGGUGCUGUGAGGAGAGCAUGGGGGAGCAUGGAAUCCACAGCAUGAAUUCGGUGACCUAUGAGGAUGUGCACAUUGACUUCACUGAGGAUGAGUGGGUUUUGCUGAAUCCUUCCCAAAAGAGUCUCUACAAAGAUGUGAUGCUGGAGAUAUACAGGAACAUCACUGCUAUUGGGAACAGAUGGGAAGACCAUAAUUUUGAAGAGCAUUUUCAAAGUGCUAGAAAACAUGGAAGGUAUGAAAGAAACCGUAAUGGAGAGAAAUCCUCUGAAUAUACUCAGUGUGAUAAAGCCUUAGCAUGUUAUAGUCAUUUUCAAAGGCUUGAAAAAAUUCAUUCUGCAGAGAAGCCAUAUGAUGGUAUUCAAUAUGCUGAAGCCUUUGCAGCCUUUUCAUGUAUUAGUAGUCUCCAGCUUCAUACAAGAACACAUACUGGAGAGAAACCCUACACAUGUAAUCAAUGUGAUAAAGCCUUUUCACUGAACAGUAGUCUUCGAGUACAUCAAAGAACACAUACUGGAGAGAAACCCUAUGAAUGUAAUCAAUGUGGUAAAGCCUUUUCACGACAAUAUAGUCUCCAAAUACAUAAAAGAACACAUACUGGAGAGAAACCCUACAUAUGUAAUCAGUGUGGUAAAGCCUUUUCACAAAACAGUAGUCUUCGAGUACAUCACAGGACACAUACUGGAGAGAAACCUUAUCAAUGUAAUAAAUGUGAUAAAGCUUUUGUGAGUCAUGGUGAGCUUCACAGACAUAAAAGAACCCAUACUGUAGAGAAGCCCUUUGAAUGUAAUCAAUGUAAUAAGGCUUUUUCAGAUCACUCUAAUCUCCAAGUACACAAAAGAAUACAUACUGGAAAGAAGCCCUUUGAAUGUAAUCAAUGUGAUAAAGCUUUCUUGAGUUAUGGUCAGCUUUACAGACAUAAAAGAACACAUACUGGAGAGAAGCCAUUUGAAUGUAAUCAAUGUGAUAAAGCCUUUUCAUAUAUUAGUAGUCUAAAAACACAUAAAAGAAUACAUACUGGAGAGAAGCCAUAUGAAUGUAAUCAAUGUGAUAAAGCCUUUUCACAAGCCAAUAUUCUAAAAAGACAUACAAGAAUACAUACUGGAGAGAAGCCAUAUGAAUGUAAUCAAUGUGGUAAAGCCUUUUUACGGAUCAGUAGUCUAAAAACACAUAAAAGAAUACAUACUGGAGAGAAACCCUAUGAAUGUAAUCAAUGUGAUAAAGCCUUUUCACAAGCCAAUAUUCUAAAAAGACAUACAAGAAUACAUACUGGAGAGAAGCCAUAUGAAUGUAAUCAAUGUGGUAAAGCCUUUUCACAGAUCAGUAGUCUAAAAAAACAUAAAAGAAUACAUACUGGAGAGAAACCCUAUGAAUGUAAUCAAUGUGAUAAAGCCUUUUCACAAAUCAGUAGUCUAAAAAAACAUAAAAGAAUACAUACUGGAGAGAAGCCAUAUGAAUGUAAUCAAUGUGAUAAAGCCUUUUCACAAGCCAAUAUUCUAAAAAGACAUACAAGAAUACAUACUGGAGAGAAGCCAUAUGAAUGUAAUCAAUGUGGUAAAGCCUUUUCAUGGAUCAGUAGUCUAAAAACACAUAAAAGAAUACAUACUGGAGAGAAGCCAUAUGAAUGUAAUCAAUGUGGUAAAGCCUUUUCACGGAUCAGUAGUCUAAAAACACAUAAAAGAAUACAUACUAGAGAGAAACCCUAUGAAUGUAAUCAAUGUGAUAAAGCCUUUUCACAACUCAGUAAUCUGAAAACACAUAAAAGAACACAUACUGGAGAGAAACCUUAU